AUGAGCAACGGCGCAGGCAAGAUCCCCUGGAUCGAGACACCGCUCAUAAAGUCGGCCUCGCUAUCCGAACUGGUUGGCUGCAAUGUCCUCCUCAAGCUCGAGAACCUCCAGCCAUCCGGGUCGUUCAAGUCACGGGGCAUCGGCAACUUCAUCGUCCAGCGGCUGGCCGCCGCGCGCGCCGCGGCAGGCGAUCCGGCGCUCGUCGCGCACUUUUACAGCUCCUCGGCCGGCAACGCGGGGCUCGCGUGCGUUCACGCGGCCGUCACGCUGGGCUGUCGCGCCACCGUCGUCGUGCCCAUGUCCACGACGCCCUUCAUGAUUGCCAAGCUGCGCCAGGCUGGCGCCGAGGACGUCAUUCAGCGCGGCGCCUCGUGGCAGGAGGCCAACGCGUAUCUCACCGAGACGGUUAUGGAGGAGGCCCGGCGCAAGGGCGAGGCUGCCGUGUACGUUCCGCCGUUUGACGCGCCUGAGAUCUGGGACGGCCAUGCACACAUUUCGCGAGAGCUGGCGCGCCAGAUCCGCGGUGUGACGAGGCACUACCCCAUCACCACAGCAAGCCCUCCUUCACACAAUGGCAACGGCGUGAAUGGGAACGGGCUUAACGGAGAAGGACACUCGACGGCGAAUGGCGAGGCAGUGAUUGACAAGAUCGAUGCCGUCGUGUGCAGCGUCGGCGGAGGAGGUCUAUUCUGUGGCAUCAUGCAGGGCCUCGACGAGACGGGCAUGAGCGCAACUCGCGUCGUCGCCGUCGAGACAAUAGGCGCAGACGCCCUGACACACUCCCUCGCAGCGGGCGAGCUCGUCACACUACCAGCCAUCACAAGCCUGGCGACAAGCCUGGGCGCGCGGCGAGUCUGCGAAAAGGCGUUCGACUACGCGCGGCGCGAGACGGUAUCGACGGCGGUCCUUUCUGACGCGGAGGCAAUCCGCGCGUGCCGCCGCUUCGCUGACGAGGAGCACAUACUCGUGGAGCUGGCGUGCGGCGUGUGUCCGGCAGUGUGCUACAACGGAAUGCUGCAGAAGCUCGUGCCGGGACUGACGAAGGAGAGCGUCGUGGUGAUUGUCGUGUGUGGAGGCAGCAAUAUUUCCUUUGACAUUAUGGAAAAGUAUGCGGCCAGCCACCUGGAUGGAAGCUGA